CUGCCCCGGUCCUGCCGCUCCGCUAGGCGCGCCGCUAUGACGCCAAAGGGCCCGCACCGAGCCCCGCUUUUGGGCGCGGCUCGCCCUCCGCGGUGCCUGAGGAGAAGCAGCACCCCCGAGGCGGUCCCGCAGCUCUCCCGGCUCCCCAGAAACGCCACACGCAGCGCAGAAGCUUCCUCCCGGGCGCCUCUUCAUCCUCCCCUCACCCCCGCCGGCCCGGCGCCAUUUUGGGCAGCCCGCCGCCAUGUUGUGGGCGGGCGCUGCCUGGGGACCGAGCGGGUGUCACGAGGCUGCCAUGGCAACGCCGGCCCGGGCGCCUCCAUGAGGGGGAAGCGGCCGCUGGGGCCGUGGCUGGUGAUGGCGAGCGCCCUGCUGGUGCUGCUCGGCCUCCUCGGGGGCUCGCAGGUGUUGAAAGCAUUUGAUUACUUUUAUCCGUCAAAGGGACAGCAACAGAUGUACAAGUUAGACAUAAGCUGGCCUAAAAUUCCGGAGUAUUUCACUGGCCAAACAUUUUGUGUUGCUGUUGAUUCUCUUCAUGGUUUGGUCUAUGUGGGACAAAGGGGAGAUAAUGUACCGAAGGUACUUGUAUUCUCAGAAGAAGGCUAUUUUCUUUACUCCUGGAAUGACACAGUUGAAAUGCCUCAUGGUAUCUUUGUAUUAAACACCGCAACUGACAGUUCAGUAUGGAUCACAGAUGUUGGAACAGGAAAAUAUGGGCACACCGUGAAACAGUACAGCCCUUCUGGUAAACUUUUGCAAAUCUUGGGCACGCCUGGGAAUGCUGGUUCAAGUUUGAAUCCGAUACAAUUUGAUCAACCAGCAGAGAUUUUUGUAGAGGAAAGUGGAGAUAUGUAUGUUGUGGAUGGAGAUGGAGGGAUGAAUAACAGACUGCUCAAACUGUCCACAGAUUAUAAAGAGAUCUGGCUGAGUGGAGAAAAUGGGACUGGCAUCGGCCAGUUCAAGAUUCCUCACAGCGUGACAGUGGAUCCUUAUGGACGGGUAUGGGUUGCAGACAGAGACAACAGAAGAAUCCAGGUUUUUGAUAAAGUGACAGGGGAAUGGCUGGGGGCUUGGAGUAGCUGUUUCUCAGAAGACGGACCCUAUUCUGUCAGAUUUACCGCCGAUUACAAGUACCUGAUUGUAGCUCAGAUGAAUAUCAACCGUUUGGCAAUCUUGGCAGCACCACCGGUUGGCAUUAUUGGGGACUGUGCUAUAGUCAACGCAAUCCAGCUAGCAGAUGAAACCAAGCCACACCUUGUAGAUAUAGACAUGAAGAGAGGAGCAAUCUAUAUUGCAGAGAUUGGAGCCCAGCAAGUACAAAAAUAUGUACCUGUAAGCUGAUGGUUUCCCACAACAACCAUGGCACAAGCUCUACGACAUGUGAGACCUAUGACUGCAUUUCCCUGACGUUUUUGUGGCUUGUGUUUCUUCAGACAAGCAUGGAACAUUGUGCUCCCAAAAGUCUAGGGCUAAGAAUCUGUCCUAGCUGCAGUUCUGGAGAAGUACUUGGUCUUGAUCUGUUAAUCAUUUUAGUAAUGCAAUAAUGGCUUUUGCUUUUGUUGCUGGGAAUUUGAAAAUGACUUUGUGUCUUAAUUUUAUUUUAUACAAUUUUGUAAACACAGCUGCUGUUCUUCAAUGUGUAGGGCUUCAUCUUGAGGCUCUUCUACUUAGCCUGUGUGCAUUGUUAAAUGAAGGUCAGGUCUUGUCUGAAGGAAGUGUAUAAACGAUUGAUUUCCUGGUAGUCAGACACCUCAUUUUAAUAUUUCUUCAGUUGUUUUUUGGAACUCUGUGCUGACACUGCCCAACACUGAAUACAGGGACGCAUUAUGGCGUUGAAUAAGACGCUGCUGGGUACCGUGUCAGUGCUGAUGCUGGCAUCUCCCUUCAGUGGCUAAUGACAUUGCAGUGAAAUCAAACUUUCAGUUUCAGCUAAAGCAGUCAAGUCCGUAACAGGCUAUAGUUAACUUGAUCUCAGGCAUGUCAAACUAAAUUAAAAGUAUGUGCACAGCAGCCAAGUACCUUGUCAGUUCUUAACCUGAUCUGAUUUAUAUCAGGAUGAGUUUCUGUUCAUCAGGAUUUCAUAGUGGGACAUACCAAAGUUUAACUCAUUUAAGUUCCUCAUGGAAAACAAAUCUGAAUUUCCUAGGAAACUCUUAAUUGGCAUUAGGGGCCUAGGAGACACAUGAUUUUCUCCCAGUGUUCCGUUUCCAGUCUGGAGUCAUUUCAUUUUCUUUGCAGGUUGCUACAAAAUUUUAAGUUCACUUUAUAGAAUAGAGGAAAAUAGUUACAUGAAAGGGAUGGAGAAAAUGGCAUGACAGACUACACCAUGGGCAGAAAUGACACUUAGAGUGAGUAACUGAGUACUUCUCUAAAGCUGUACACCCAUAUUCCAUGUUCAUCUACUAGCUUUUCAAAACAUUUGGGAGGAUUUGUUCGUUUCCACACAGUAGAGUAAGUGUGUGGAAUGAUUUUAAUGCUAAUUACAAGCUAAGGGACACUUUUUUCUUUUUUACAUCCUUAGAAAGGAAUAUAGAAAUUGAAAUUGAAUUCUUUUGAUGGGGGAUAUUCACAUCAGUGAAUGUCAAAAAAUGCAUCUUUGUCUGGCAGGUUUCAAUCUAAGACCCCAAAAUUUCUGGGUCAGCAGAUGGGAAAACUGUCCAGAAAAGCCAGAUUCGUACAUUCAGUGGAAAGUAAUGCAGCUUUGGAGCCUGAUGUCCUGAUUUCAGUACUAUUUGAGAUUAAUGCACCAAAUAGAAAUGCUUUGUUGUUGGCUGUGUCCACAAUAAUGAGGGCAGAUCUAACCUGACUGCCCUUGUGCCAGCCUCAGAGGCAGAUAGGUCCACAUAGCUUUGCAGGGUGUUGUGUGGAUUUUUUAACUAGGUCACCACUAGCUCAGGGAUCUCUGUGCUUUGUGCAAUUUAGCUAUUUCUCACCUAGAGAAGGUGGAUUUAUUUUUUAAAAUGUUACCAAAAUAUCAUUAACUAUAUAUGUGAACAUAUCUUGGUGGUUUAAGGGGUUCAGGCACAUUGAUUAUUCCUCAUCACAUCUCAUCCUUAUUUAUUUUGUCGUUGUCACAUCCAUUUGAAACAGAACUAGAAACUCUCUGGGAACAUGUUUCUGUUUUCUCUGAAGGAGUGGUGCACUUGUGGAUGUUGACAAAUAAGUUAUACAAGUUUCUGUUAGCUGCAUGGAUGCCUUACCAAGUUUUUGUUUAUGUGGGCUUUUGCAGCCCCUAGAAAUGGGGAAUAUUCAUACAGUUUUGUCUGAAUUUACUCAAAUAGGCCACGGUGCCAAAAAAUGCCUUACAUUUGGGAAUUGGGUAUCUGUGCUAAGAAGGGAAGCAUAUAGUAUGAGAUGCACAGACUCCUUUUCGCCUUUGUGUCUCUGGCCAAACUGAGAAAAUGAUUGAUUUGUGCACUAACUUUCUAAUUCUGUGAGGCUUUUCAUAUGUAUGAUUCUAAAAGAUUGUGUAAUAGGGUAACUUGGUAAAAUAAAUUGAGAAUUUUCCAUU